AUGGAUGUCGAGGCCGCGACUGAAGCCGAGGCUAUUGCCUCCCUGCCGGCCAACGAUGCGCAGCGUGUCGGUGUCGCGGAAGCCCUGCUAGCGUUGCCCGAGCGUGAUGCGGAGCUUACGUGGCAGCAGCUCUCACAUGACGCCGAUCCUCUCGGUGAUGAAGGCCUCGACUAUACUCUUGGAAACGUGGACGACGUAGACCCCUCCGAAUGGCAGGUUCCUCCACAUUGCGUGCCCAUUCAUGCCAACGUCACCACCUUUGACUGGCCCAGCCUGUACGAACACUGCCAGUUUGACGUAGUCAUGAUGGACCCGCCUUGGCAACUGGCUACUGCCAAUCCCACAAGAGGUGUGGCGCUAGGCUACAGCCAGUUGUCAGAUGACCACAUCUCGGGGCUUCCGGUGCCUCAGCUGCAGCGCAACGGGGGAUUCCUGUUCGUGUGGGUCAUCAACGCCAAGUACAAGUGGACCCUGGACCUGUUUGACAAGUGGGGAUACAGGUUGGUUGAUGAGGUGGUUUGGGUCAAGAUGACGGUCAACCGCCGACUGGCCAAGAGCCACGGGUACUACCUGCAACACGCAAAAGAGGUGUGUUUGGUGGCCAAGUGCGGUAACCCCCGGGCGCUAGCGGCCUCGGAUGGCGGGGUGGGCUCGGACAUCAUCUUCAGCGAGCGGCGCGGUCAGAGCCAAAAGCCCGAAGAAAUUUACGAGCUCAUUGAGCAGCUGGUGCCGAAUG